GAAGUGACGUCCUCGCUUGCUCUCUGAGCUCGAGAGGAGUCGGAUGGAAGCCCGCGCUUGAUCGGAACUGAAAGCUGAAGAUACCUGAGGUCUGCGCGCCACGCCAGGCACCCACACCUUACACCUGAGCCACGAAAGACAGCGUUGGACUGGAAACAAGAUCCCUUACCAGCUCACCCUCGCAGAGUCCAUAGCCAAAGGCGUGCCGGCUGCGUCACACGACCUACUUAGUGUCUGGUGGGUGGCGGUGUGUGGGUAAGCAGUGAGUGCUUCUGUAGCAGGCGGUGUCCCAGCGGAUCGUGUGUCCCACGGGUCGAGUCCCGGCUCCGCCAUGGCUGCUCCCAACCUGCAGCAACCCAGCUUCCUCCUGGCCAACCUGAAAUCAGACUCCACCACCAAGCCCCUACUACAGCGAUGCCAGGACUUGGUGAAAGUCAUCAAUGACUACCCCGCCAAGGAGCUGCAUGCUGUCUUCCCCUGGCUGGUGGAGAGCGUGUUUGGCAGCCUGGACGGGAUCCUCGCCGGGUGGAACCUGCGUUCCAUUCCCUCCCGGGGCAACGGAUACAACCUAGUGCUGGACUUCCUGGACCCCAGUGGUCCGAUGAUGAAGCUUGUGUACAAACUUCAGGCGGAAGAGUACAAGUAUGAAGUCUCUGUCAGUCAUCUGCCUGGCCCGGUGAAGGUGUCCAUCCAGGAAGGCGUCCUCCCAGACUGCCCUCUGUUCCAUAACAAGCUGCAGUUUGCCAGGUCCGGUCUGCUUCCACUAAAUCCGUUUGAAUACUACAUGUUCAACUUCGCCCACAGUCUCCUCACAGUAAAGUGCAUUCCUCCAGGCCAGCAGGGGAGCUGUACGGACUCUGCCUACUUCAUGCUGGUGGACACCUACCUGAAGUACUUCCUGCCUACAGUGGGGGUAGUCCCGCCCUCUCCCUUCUCCGACGCCAGGGGAUCUGUAACCACUCCGUCUCCAAGGCCCCAGAGCGUGGCGUUUGCGGGCUACGGCGUGCACAGCCCCAGCCUCCUGAAGCACCACAUCUUCCACCAGCCCUCGGCCACGGCGGACCCGGCGGCCCAGGAGAUCUGGAGAUCAGAGACGCUGCUGCAGAUGUUUGUGGAGGUGUGGCUCCACCAAUACUCUCUGGAGAUGUACCAGAAGCUGCAGUCCCCCCAGGUGAAGCUGGCGCUGCUGCAGUAUCGGCUCUGUAUGUCCAGCAUGCCGUGUCAACCUCCCCCCCCGUCAGGCUCUGGGACCCUGCACACCUACCAAGAGCCCUUCAGCCCCACGGAGGAGCACGUGAUGGUGGUGCGGCUGCUGGUGAAGCACCUCCACGCCUUCUCCUGCAGCCUGCGGCCGGAGCAGCUGGCGGCCGCCCCCUCGGCGCCCUCGGCGCCCGCCCACACCAGCCCUCUGGAGGAGUUCAAGAGGGUGGUGGUGCAGCGGUUCGUCCAGCAGAAGCUCUACCUCUUCCUGCAGCACUGCUUCGGACACUGGCCUCUGGACGCGUCCUUCAGAGCCGUGCUGGAGACCUGGCUGAGCUACAUCCAGCCCUGGAGGUACACGGGAGAGAAGGGCCCCCCCCAGCCCGACCUGAGCCGUACCGUACCCGACCGCUGGGGUUCCUUCGUGGAGGAGAACCUGCUCAUGUACACCAAGCUGUUCCAGGGGUUCCUGAACCGGGCCAUCCGUACCGACCUGGUCAACGCCAAGAACGCCCUCAUGGUGUUCAGGGUGGCCAAGGUCUUUUCCCAGAUGAACCUCCCUGACAUGAUCCAGAAGGGGGAGCAGCUGUUCCUGGAGCCGGAGCACGUCCUCCACCACCGCCAGCCCCGCGGGGUCACCACCCCCACCCAGGGGGGCAGCUUCCUGUCGUCGCGGCAGCGGGCGGUGCCAGACUGCGUGUUCCGGGUGAAGAGCCACGUGUACGCGCUGGAGGGCCAGGACUGCCAGUACAAGCAGAUGUUCGGCCCCGACCUGCGGGGCACGGUCCUCAGGUUCAUCCAGAUGAUCGCCCAGGCCCGCCAGACGGCCAAGAGGAUCUCGGACCACUCCCAGGAGGCGGCCGCCAACACCUCCUUCCUGUCGUGGUUCGGGAUGGGCUCGGCGGACCCCAACCACGCCUACGGCGGCUCGGAGCUGGACGAGACCGGGGAGAACGUCAAGAAGACCCACGAGUUCCUGGACCGGGCGCUGGAGAACCUGUGCCAGAUCUUCAAGCUGAAUGCCGGGCAGCUGGGUCAGAUCAUCUCCACCCUGGGUCUGUCCCAGGACAGCGUCGGCUCCAACCAGCUGCCGGACUGCGUCCAGGGGGAGGGCGGGCUCAUCCUCUCCGACCUGGGGCGCAUGCAGAUCAUCAACGGGCUGCGGCGCUUUGAGAUCCAGUACCAGGGGGACCCCGAGCUGCAGCCCAUCAGGAGCUACGAGAACGCAGCGCUGGUCCGCCUGCUCUACCGGGCGUCCUCGCUCCUCAACCAGAGGACGCUUAAGAAGGUGAUUUCGAGUCCGACGGGGACCUCCGCCCCAUCGGACUGCUUCCAUUCAGGUGGUUACCAAGAUGGCGGCAGCGUUGAUCCGUACGUUCCACUGACCAGCACAGCUCAGUUCGGCGGCCACAUGGCGGCGCUGUGCUCCAGGCCGGGCUUCCUGGGCCGUCUGGGGCGCCACUACCUGGAGGGCCCGGCCUCCCCGCGGCUCGCCAAGAGCGUAGUGACGCGGCGGACGCUGGAGCGCGGCCGCCGGCCCGGCCUCAGCCUGCGGCCGCUGGCCAGCUACCGCACGCUGCUGCUCCUCAUGCUGCUCUACCUGCUGGGGGCGCUGGUGUCCCUGGGGCCGGUCUGCAGCACGCUGCUGCUCCUGGCCGGGGCCCUUCUCCACGGCCUCCUCCUCACGCUGCUGGGGGACAAACUCAAGUCGCACUAGGGCCUCCAGCGCAGACCCCCCCCCACCAAUAACACCCAGAAGGGGACCACCACACACCUGCCAAUAAACGCCCUGACACUGGCCUGCAGCGUUGGUUCCAUCCUCUGCUGCGGGCAGAAGAGCUUCAGUCUGGUUUGUUGCCGAUAAACGUUGGUGAUGGUUUCUGACGGGUGCUUCGCUCUGCAGAGGUCAAUCGCGCGUCCGAUAAGAACUCGUCCAAUCAACGCCGGAGUAUUUGCCUUCUGGACGGUGUUUCUACAGCUGUUCAGAUUUAACUUACUAGCUUUUUUGAUGGGUUCUAUUUUAAUGGUCUAACCUGUAAUUAUUUUUUUAUAUAUUUUCUUGGACCUCGUUGAACGGUCCAGAACUUGACCAAGGCAUGGAUGGUCUAUUUUUCAGUGGACGACUGAGGAAUGUUUUGGCACAAUGUCCUCAAUAAAUCAAUCUUUUUGCAGCA